AUGUGCUCAGCCAAUCACAUCAGCCGGCGUUCGAGCGUAAGGUUGAAGACAUUGCGCUUCUAUUACGCAGAGAAGGCUACUAGUGCUAAGCCACCAUAGAUCUGUAUAAAUAACUGGAAGUAGAGCCAUUACUGAAGUGCUGCCUGACGUAAACUCGGAAGCGUAUGAAGUUACUGACUUUCACAUCAUCUUUGUACAAAUAUGUCUGGAUCUGGACUAACGUGUGCCGUAAUCGGAUGUCACAAUAACAGCAGAAAGCUAAAAAUGUGGAAAAAGAGCGUAUGUGCGCUUCAUAGUCCACAGUUUAAAGAGGAUUGUCCUUGUUGUGUGCCCUACGGUGUACACCGCUUCCCCGGCCGUGCUGAGGAUGAAGACAUUCGCAAGAUGUGGAUUAAAAACGUACACCGAAAGGACUUUGCCCCCAAACAAGUAUUCAAGGGUGUUUGCGGAGUACACUUCCCUGACGGCAGACCAACGCAGGAACACCCAUAUCCCAUAAUAUGGGAUAUGAAUAUAGUAAAGCACCAUCAUGUGGAAGACCACCCCCAAAGAGAUGUCUCCAGCCCCCAACAGAGAGACUUGGAUUAAUGUUGAGAGGAUUAUUGUUCAAUACGGUGUAGAAACACUUGGUUCAGUUAUAUGUAUAUAUCUAUCAUCUUUCAAGAAAUCCUUCCCCUCAGCUGUGACCAUACUGAACAAGAGAUGAACUGUCCAGCUGCAGCAUGCAUGUAUUGUGUGGUCUUGUCUUUUUUUUUUUUUGGUCAAGCCUUGUCUAAUGUCUGUGAGAAUCACUGAAGCCACGCCAAAGACAAUUUUCUUUUUCAUGGGUGUAACAGACAAUUAAGUUUUAUCUAAUCUAAUCAUAUCAAUGAGAAUCAGUGCACCUGACAAAGGUAUGACAUACCGUAUACUGUAGGCUUAAAUGCUUAAGAAAAAUGAAUUAACCUGGCGGUUUUGAAUUGUUUAUUUACACAGUUAUUAAAAUGCAUACAGAUAGUGAAUUUAAUAUAGUUCAAUACUGUGUGCUUACUUGAUGGUGUUUUUUAUAUGUGCUGAACUGAAAAACAACCUAGCUACUUGUGCUCAAUAUCCAACUGCAGCAUUGUAGUUGCAGGUGGGGGGUGGUGGUUGUUCAAAUUUGACACACACCUUACAUUGGUCCACUUUACAAAUGGCCCCAUACACUAAAUGACUCUUGCUGGUGUGUUUUUUACUUGGCAACUUGUUAUUAAUCACUAAUGUUCUUAAUGUCAUUUCAAUGCAGCUCUUUGUGAGAAAUCUGGGCAGCCAUGGCCUAGUGCAGGGAUGUCAAACUCAGGCCCGGGGGCCAAAUCUGGCCCGCAGAGUCAUUUCAUUUGGCCCGUAAGAUCAUUUCAAAUGUGUAUUACAGUUGGCCCACAUACACCAUUAAUAUAUAGCAUAAGACCUGAACAUAAAAUGUAAUGUGUCAAAAAAAAUAUGAGUGGGCUGGGCAUAGGCCAGUAAAACAGCUCACACUACUGCAACAGAGUAUCUGCAGGCACAUUUGAACUACGAUGGGAAUCUGUUUGUGAAAUUUAAUUAUGAGAUUAAGUG